UCUAGUAAGGAGGAAGCACCCAGCAUGUUCAGGGGCUGAACACUCAGUGUAUCCCGUGCUCUGGAGGAAAUUGGACAGUGAACUGGAUUUUGGCUAGCAGGACAGGAGCUGAUUUGCUGGUGGCGUGAAGUCCUCUUCCAUGGAAUUUGGUGUCACGCUAUUCAGCUGCCUGGGCUGCUAAAGUGGCUCUGAGUAAGAGAUUGAUUAAGGGGUGAGCAAAUGAGGAAUUGAUCUUUUCCAGGAUUGGAGAGCCUGCCCCUGGCUGAAGUAUAUUGUUUUGGUUGUGCCUCAAAGAGUGGACAGGAUGUUUUGCUAGUUCAGCCCACCAGGGAAUUAAUCUCCUGUUGUGAAGAUUACAAAACUCCUCAACAAAACUGGCUCAUAAGGGAAAGAAUGACAGCCUGAAGCAUUGGAGGCUGGGGAAAUUUAGUCAAGAUGUAAUUUUUUGGAUCGAGAAAAGCAAAGUCAGGGUCCUGGCAAGUGAUCUGAAGUUUACAAAAGUCGAAGCUCUGACUAGUGUUUCUCAUGGGUGAUUGAGGGAUGACAAAAUCAUGUAUGCAUUGAGAAGUAGGCAGGGUUCCCACACCCGGGCCCUGUCCGUCAGUUUGAGUAAUACAAAUGGGAAAGGUGUCCCAAGCCACAUCACUAAGACUUCCUGACCUUAAUUUGCUGUACCAUGGAACAGAAAUGCAGUAGAAAGUCCAUUGUGAUGAGUGGCUGUGGUCAGAAGUUAUCCAGCCUGGGAUAGAUUGAAUUUCUCACUAUUCUUCACUGUCCUGUAGGGAUAUUAUGCAUCCACACCUUUACCAUGGCCUCACGGUGGGUGAAGAAUACGUUCCUGCCGGUUGACUUUGGGGCUUUGUCAUGUGACUUGCUUUGGCCAAUGGGAUCUUAGCAGACAUGCCAUAGCAGAGGCUUGAAAUGCGUUUAAGUAGAUGGGCAUGCCCUGUUGUGCACCACCGUGAAAGAGCUUCCUCAGGUAUCUGCUGCCCUUUCAGCCUGGAUCCCAGAAUGAACACAUGUGGAGCAAACUUGAGCCCAACCUGCAGCAAUGAGUCAUGUCCAGUCAGACCAACAACCUGAAGCAAAGUUGCCUACUGAGACUAGCUUAGGAAACUUCCAGUGGAAUGUAGCAGUGAGUUAAUUCAUGGUGAUUCUUAGAGCCAAAAUAGGUCAGUUUGUGCUCAGGGCUGACCUCUGUUUGGAAGGAAGAGAAUAUUGCCUGCAUGGAAGAAGUUGAGGACCACAUCAUCCUUCCCCCACGCUUUCCCUACUGGCUUGCAGUUUCCUCCAGUGUGGUUCCUAUGACUUUUACAAUGGCCUACCAGAUCUCCUGAUCUCCCAGUGAUAUGAGAAGCCUGGGUAGUCCUUGGGGAUCAGCCUCCUGGUGCACUGAGAAGGGCAGAGAAGAAUGGAGACUCUUAUCUUGCUGUAAAGAACACCUAGAGGGCAGGCACCCAGGACAUGGAGUCAUGAUUUUGGUUUCAAUGCCAUCUAUACUGUCAAGGAGAGUUGCUAUAUGUGCCAGAGCUAAAUGUUUUGAAAUUGUGUUGAUUCAUCUGGAGGCAUGUGGGCGACAUCUGGAGUGGAAUGAAGGUUAUGCUUCCCUGAAUGUGGUUUCUAUGGAAUGUAUGAUAAGAUUCUGCUUUUUCGCCAUGAUCCUACCUCCGAAAACAUCCUUCAGCUGGUGAAAACGGCCAGUGAUAUCCAGGAAGGUGAUCUUAUUGAAGUGGUCUUGUCAGCGUCCGCCACCUUUGAAGACUUUCAGAUUCGUCCGCACGCUCUCUUUGUUCAUUCCUACAGAGCUCCGGCGUUCUGUGAUCACUGUGGAGAGAUGCUGUGGGGCCUGGUGCGUCAAGGCCUUAAAUGUGAAGGAUGUGGUCUGAAUUACCAUAAGAGAUGUGCAUUUAAAAUCCCCAACAAUUGCAGUGGCGUGAGGCGGAGAAGGCUCUCAAAUGUUUCCCUCACUGGACUCAGCACCGUCCGCACAUCAUCUGCUGAGCUCUCCACCAGUGCCCCUGACGAGCCCCUUCUGCAAAAGUCACCGUCAGAGUCGUUCAUUGGUCGAGAGAAGAGGUCGAAUUCUCAGUCAUACAUUGGGCGACCAAUUCAGCUGGACAAGAUUUUGAUGUCUAAAGUUAAAGUACCGCACACGUUCGUCAUCCACUCCUACACGCGGCCCACGGUGUGCCAGUACUGCAAGAAGCUUCUCAAGGGGCUUUUCAGGCAGGGCUUGCAGUGCAAAGAUUGCAGAUUCAACUGUCAUAAACGCUGUGCACCAAAAGUACCAAACAACUGCCUCGGUGAAGUGACCAUUAAUGGAGAUUUGCUUAGCCCUGGAGCAGAGUCUGAUGUGGUCAUGGAAGAAGGGAGUGAUGACAAUGACAGUGAAAGAAACAGUGGGCUCAUGGAUGAUAUGGAAGAGGCAAUGGUCCAAGAUGCUGAGAUGGCGAUGGCAGAAUGCCAGAAUGACAGUGGGGAAAUGCAGGAUCCAGACCCGGACCACGAGGACUCCAACAGGACCAUCAGUCCAUCAACAAGCAACAAUAUUCCACUCAUGAGGGUAGUGCAGUCUGUCAAGCACACGAAGAGGAAAAGCAGCACAGUCAUGAAAGAAGGAUGGAUGGUCCACUAUACCAGCAAGGACACUCUGCGGAAACGGCACUAUUGGAGAUUGGAUAGCAAGUGCAUUACCCUCUUCCAAAAUGACACAGGAAGCAGGUACUACAAGGAAAUCCCUUUAUCAGAAAUUUUAUCUCUGGAACCGGCAAAAACUUCAGCUUUAAUUCCUAAUGGGGCCAAUCCUCAUUGUUUUGAAAUCACUACAGCAAAUGUAGUGUAUUAUGUGGGAGAAAAUGUGGUCAAUCCGUCCAGCCCACCACCAAAUAACAGUGUCCUCACCAGUGGUGUUGGUGCAGAUGUGGCCAGGAUGUGGGAGAUGGCCAUCCAGCACGCCCUUAUGCCCGUCAUUCCCAAGGGCUCGUCCGUGGGCUCAGGAACCAGCUUGCACAGAGAUAUUUCUGUGAGUAUUUCAGUAUCAAAUUGCCAGAUUCAAGAAAAUGUGGACAUCAGCACAGUAUAUCAGAUUUUUCCUGAUGAAGUACUGGGUUCUGGACAGUUUGGAAUUGUUUAUGGAGGAAAACAUCGUAAAACCGGAAGAGAUGUAGCUAUUAAAAUCAUUGACAAAUUAAGGUUUCCGACAAAACAAGAAAGCCAGCUUCGUAAUGAGGUUGCCAUUCUACAGAACCUUCAUCACCCUGGUGUUGUAAAUUUGGAGUGUAUGUUUGAGACGCCUGAAAGAGUGUUUGUUGUUAUGGAAAAACUCCAUGGAGACAUGCUGGAGAUGAUCUUGUCAAGUGAAAAGGGCAGGUUGCCAGAGCACAUAACGAAAUUUUUAAUUACUCAGAUACUUGUGGCUUUGCGGCAUCUUCAUUUUAAAAAUAUCGUUCACUGUGACCUCAAACCAGAAAACGUGUUGCUAGCCUCAGCUGAUCCUUUUCCUCAGGUGAAACUUUGUGAUUUUGGUUUUGCCCGGAUCAUUGGAGAGAAGUCUUUCCGGAGGUCGGUGGUGGGCACCCCCGCUUACCUGGCUCCUGAGGUUCUAAGGAACAAGGGCUAUAAUCGCUCUCUAGACAUGUGGUCUGUUGGGGUCAUCAUCUAUGUAAGCCUAAGUGGCACGUUCCCAUUUAAUGAAGAUGAAGACAUACACGACCAAAUCCAGAAUGCAGCUUUCAUGUAUCCACCGAAUCCCUGGAAGGAAAUCUCUCAUGAAGCCAUCGAUCUUAUCAAUAAUUUGCUGCAAGUAAAAAUGAGAAAGCGCUAUAGUGUUGAUAAGACUUUGAGUCACCCUUGGCUACAGGACUAUCAAACGUGGUUAGAUUUACGAGAGCUGGAAUGCAAAAUUGGGGAACGCUACAUCACCCAUGAAAGCGAUGACUUGAGGUGGGAGCAGUAUGCGGGCAAGCAGGGGCUGCAGUACCCCGCACACCUGAUCAAUCCAAGUGCGAGCCACAGUGACAGUCCUGAGACCGAAGAAACAGAGAUGAGAGCCCUCAGUGAGCGUGUCAGCAUCCUCUGAGUUCCGUCUCCUAUAAUCUGUCAAAACACUGUGGAAUUAAUAAAUACAUACGGUCAGGUUUAACAUUUGCCUUGCAGAACUGCCAUUAUUUUCUGUCAGAUGAGAACAAAGCUGUUAAACUGUUAGCACUGUUGAUGUAUCUGAGUUGCCAAGACAAAUCAACAGAAGCAUUUGUAUUUUGUGUGACCAACUGUGUUGUAUUAACAAAAGUUCCCUGAAACACUAAACUUGUUAUUGUGAAUGAUUCAUGUUAUAUUUAAUGCAUUAAACCUAUCUCCACUGUGCCUUUGAAAAUCAGUGUUUUUCUUACUGGAGCCUCAGUUUGGUAAGAGACAGAAUCUAUCCAUGAAGCAGUUCUGUUCCAUGUAUCCAAUUGGUGUUGUUAUUAUAAACAGACUCUUGAGGAGUAGAUUAUUACCAGUGUUCUGUGAACAACUCCAAAACUCACGUGGAUGGAAACAAAUGAUGAGGGGGCAGGGAAUGAAAUCCUACAACACAAAUGCAUGAAAGAGUUUUUCCAUAUAGUCCACAUCUUUCGCCUGCCUGGUGUGCCUCAGUAUAUUUAAACUCGAGUCAAUGCACCCAAGUGUGCAGGGCUUACCACUCUUAAGCCUAAAUGCCUUAGAAAUGUACACUGCCAUUUAUAACAGCUAUAUUUCCCACUUUCUUACAAUGCCCUGUUGUACUAUGGAAAAUCAGCAGCUAAGCAACCUUUGGCUUUUGUGUAUUUUUCGAUAAAAACAAAUAAAUAUUCUUGUCAAGA